AAGUGCAGCAAAGAGUUAAUAUGGAGAAGGAGAGCGAUCAAGGAAUAUUGCAUCCGGCUAGUCAAGCCACCAGUUUUGAUCCAGAAAAUUUAACUCACCCGGAGAUCAAGAAAACAUAUGCCCGAUUAGUGUCAAUGCUGGGAGAGGAGAUGAUGGCCCUUCAGUCAAGACUAAUGAAGGAUAGUGGCAGUGCAAGUGAAGAGGAGAAAGAUGAUGAUGAAGAAUCUAAAUCAGAAGAGGAAAAAGGGGUCAAAGGAAGUGAAUCGGAGGAAGAGGAAAUUGAGGAGGAAGGAACUGAAUCGGAAGAGGAUAGAAAUGAAGAAGAAGAACAAAAAAAAGUGAAAGAGAAGAAGAGAAUGAAGAGGUGA